AUGGGUGACAAUAAAACACCUGUUAACGACCUUCCUCAUAUGAAUUUUCGUUCCUAUAUUGGCUCUUUGCGAAAUGACAAUGACCUAGUCGAAAUCGACACCGAAGUUGACCCCUACCUCGAAGUCGGUGCGAUCAUCCGCAAAGUUUGCGAGACAGACGGCAAAGCACCUCUUUUUAAAAACCCCAAAGGUAAAAGAGGCCAUCUGUUUCAGAUACUCGGAGCACCGAACUCCCUUCGCUCUGAUUCGACUCAGCGAUAUGGACGUCUCGCACGCCAUCUCGGGCUACUGCCAACGUGCGAUGCAUCCUGGACAAAUUGGUCUAUAGCACGAGGCAUGAAUACCGGGCCUGAUCAGCUUGGUGUUCUUAUAGCAAAGCCCCAGCACAUCUGGCAGAUCCAGCAACAGUGGAAAGCCGAGGGAAAGGACAUGCCGUGGGCUCUUGCGAUGGGUGUUCCUCCCGCAGCUACCAUGGCUGCGGGAAUGCCUCUUCCAGAUGGUUGUAGCGAGGGCGAAUAUGUGGGAGCUAUGACUGGUCAUGCUAUUGAUGUCGUGAAGUGCGAGACGAAUGAGCUGUUGGUCCCUGCAAACUCGGAGAUAGUGUUUGAAGGGACUAUCUCUUCUGAUGCGGAGGACUGCGUAUUAGAAGGGCCAUUCGGAGAGAUGCAUGGAUAUGUGUACCCGGGAGAGAGACAUAAAAGUCCCAGCGUGAGAAUAGAUACUAUCACGUUUCGGGACAAUGCAAUAUUGCCGGUUUCAUGUCCCGGUCGACUUACAGAUGAAACCCAAACUAUGGUCGGUCCACUGGCAGCAGCUGAGAUCCGCCAACGAUGUCAGGAUCACGGGUAUCCUGUUGUUGAAGCAAUGACCCCCUUCGAGUCUCAGGUUACUUGGGUUGCUCUCCAAAUCGACACGGUCAGGCUCCGACAAAUGAAGACGACGGCUGCAAAGCUCUGCAAAUCUUUUGGGGAGUUGAUAUUUCAUCACAAAUGUGGCCUUACGAUUCAUCGAGUAGUCCUUGUGGGCGAUGAUAUAGAUGUUUACAACUUCCAGGACGUCAUGUGGGCUUUCUGCACGAGAUGCUGCCCUAUCAAAGAUGAGUAUCUCUUCGACGAUUGUCAGGCAUUUCUUCUAAUUCCCUAUAUGGCUCAUGGUAAUUGGAAUCCUUUGAAAGGGGGCAAGGUCAUCUCCAAUGCUCUCCUGGCUAGUGAGUACAUGGACGGGCCGGACUGGGAGACUGGGGACUUUGAGCAUGGAUACCCAGAUAACGUUAAAGAUAGGGUUAUUGCGCGUUGGGAUGAAAUGGGGCUUCAUACAUAA